AUGUUGUCAAGUAGGGAAGCCCUUGUACUCGAUGUGGUAAAUCGACACGCCCCACUUAAAUCAGUCAGAGUUAAAUCUAUAAAGAAACCAUCGUGGCUUUUGGAUGAAAUUCUCACAGCAAUCAAAGGGCGCGAUCGGCUCAAGAAAGAGCUCGAAAAGGGGCGAAUCCAAAGAAUGUCUAUUAAGUCUGCUAGAAACAAAGUAGUAAGACUUAUUGAAAAAGCCAAAAAAGAAGCGGUUAUAAAUGAAAUAGACAACAGCAAAUUGAACUCCAGAGUCCUAUGGAAGACCUUGAAGAGCAUUUUCCCUACCAAAGCGAAACAGAUGAGUCGAAUAAACUGUCUAACCAAAGACGGAACCAGCUAUUCUUACCCAGAAGAAAUAUCCAACGUAUUCAAUGAGCAUUUUAUCUCUAUAUUGCUGAUAAUAUCAUUGAUAACACCAUCAAUACUGAGCCCGUUCUAG